AUGUCAGAGCCGGUGGUCGAGUGUCUCCCAUCAGCACCACCAUCAGCACCAUCACCACCACCACCGACGGGGGUGUCGGUGCCCAUCGGGCUCCGGGUGUACGCCUCGUGCAGUCAGGGCGGUCGCAAGUAUAUGGAGGAUAACUACGACCUCAAGUACCAGUUUAAUGGCGACAAUGAGCUCCAGUACAUCUAUUUGGGUAUCUUUGACGGACACGGCGGUGAUGUGGCCGCGAAGUACGCCAAACACCACUUGUGUCACAACAUUAUCCGUCAGCGAGGUUUCUGGUCGUCCACUGAUGACCACGUCCUCAAAGCCAUCCACAAGGGCUUCAUUCAAACGCAUUACGAUAUGCGCAAAGAAGUCUUGAAUUGGCCAAAGACUGCAUCAGGUCUUCCAUCAACGUCUGGUACGACAGCGUCCGUUGUGUUCAUAAUGAACGGCAAGUACUAUACGGGACACGUCGGCGACUCCCGGAUAGUGUUGGGCCGCAAACACGUCCGCAGGCCCGGGGCUCUCUUCGCGGCGUAUCUCCGACGGCCGCCUGUUCACUACUUGUUCAGACCACACCUAGCCCAGCAGUGGAACCGACCGAAGUUGGGCCAUAAGGGACCCAUUAGGCGCAGUACGAGCUUCGAUCAGAUCCCGUUCCUGGCUGUGGCCCGAUCUCUAGGUGAUUUGUGGUCCUUUAACUCACAACUCAAUACAUUCAUCGUUAGUCCCGAACCUGACCUCAAAUGCAUUCCCAUCGACGCCAACGACCAGUGCUUACUGUUGGCGAGCGAUGGUCUGUGGAAUAUGAUGACCACUCAGACGGCCGUCAAAGUGCUGCAGGAGGUGGAGGAGGACCAGUACAGCCCGGAACUCUUGGAGGCCAUCUUUGACGCCGGCUCCGCACGACUCAGCCCUUCACGAGCUUUGGUCCACUUCUGUCUGAAUCGAUGGUAUCAGUCGAGGUUCAGAGCGGACAACACGACUGUCUUAGCCGUUAUGCUGGAAGACAAUCAGGGCAUUGAACUCAUGAAAAACAAUCAAAACCUGCCAUACUUACGCGAGAAGUCACUAUCGCUUCUCCUUCUCUCACUACUGCCGAUACUGCUGCUUGUGACGACAACGGAGGGAACAACUGCUCCGACAGUUCCUGAGACUACAGACUCUUCCAAUGCAACCGAAUUAGACAACUCAUCGACUUGUCCUCAAAGUGAUGACACCAACCAAUCCAUUGUAUUGACGCCAUUAGUGAAUUUGCCGCCAAAUUUUCAAACCAACGAUAAUAAUGUGUUUGAAGCCAUCGAUAACUCGAACUCCAAUUCAAAUCCACAAACAAUUGAGACGACGACUAAUAUCGACGACAACGACAGCCAAAGUAAUGAGUCGUCGCGAGACAGCGGGACGUCAUCCCCGCCGACGCCAACUGUGAUCAGUGCCAGCGAUGAGCUCACCGAAGAGGAAUACGCGGCCCUCCCAUCUCUGGUGAAUCUCUCGCAAAACGAAUGGGAAUUACAUGUCGUAAUCGAUCCCAAGAACUUGAGUGUCAACUCCACAGACCUGAACGCCGUGUCCAUCAGCGGCGAGGAGAACAGUUGCCUAAUGUCUGGCCAGUCGUCGUUGGCUAACAUCAACAAAGUUAUCGAAGAGAAUACGUCUCUAAAUAAUUACAUUUAUAGCAAAACCGGUUUUCUUAGACACCACUCGCAGACACCAAAUGGUAUUAUGAAUGGUAUGAAUGGAUCGGAUUGUGUGUUGACUCCUACAGACAAUUACUGGUCAGAGAGCAGUAGUUACUAUCAGAUGACUUCCAUCAAACCCCGAACGUCACUGCCAUUGAGUUUAGUGGACAAUCACUCGCCGGUCGUCGGCGUCAACUACUCGCCGCUCAUCUCAUUGAACGAUAGGAACACGUCAUCCAUGGGUGACAACAUCCAUGGGUCCAACAGUUUAUGCAUUUUCGGUGCUCUCAGUAAUGCGACCCAUAAUCCUAAUGAUAACGCCUUUCAAAAGUUAUCUAAAGUUUUCUCUCAAAGCAAUAAUGAGAUCAAAAGUGAUGACACUAUUAGUGGUGAUCGUAAAAAGAGAUCAAUUCUACGACACAGUCGUCUCUUAAGGCGUAUAAGUAUUGACAGUAACGGUGCGAAAGUGCGACAGACACUGCUGGCCAGUCGUGGUGUGAAACGCAAGUGUUCGUCCGACUACUCGCCCCCAUCUAAACACUUAAGGUCUUCCCUGUGGACCCGACCCCUCGUCUCCAAAGAGCACUUAAUGCGUAUGAGUUUCACCCGAAGUCUCAAACAGUUAGCUGUAGGACGGCUCACCCGCUCCCGACUCCGACCAAUCAAACUCUUGAAGUCGUUCUCCAAAAAAUGAUUUCUAUUUUUCUCUCACUAUUAGUCUCUCAUUAUGUGACAAAUCACUC